GCUGAUAAAUAUCCGGUCCAGUUCCCAGUUUCUCCCACUCCACAAUCUCCAAUCCCUUCUCAGUUCUCACAGAUGCAUCCCCAAUCAUCCAUCCACAAGGAUGAAGAAGAAACACACCGCCGACGGAAAGCCACCGUUAAAAAGCUUCUCCUCGCAUUCAACUCCGUCCUAUUAUCCAUCGGCACUUGCGGCAGCCCUCUGAUCAUGCGUCUCUACUUCAUCCACGGCGGCAACCGCGUGUGGCUCACCAGCUGCCUCUUAACCGCCGCCUGGCCCGUCAUUUUAUUCCCCUUAGCCAUCAGUUACUUCCGUCGCCGCCGCAGCCGCGCCUCGGCCAAGUUCAUUUUCAUGAAGCCGCGUUUGUUUCUCGCCGCCGCCGUCAUCGGCCUCCUCACCGGCUUGGACGACUACCUCUACGCAUACGGCGUGGCGCGGCUCCCGGUUUCUACUUCUUCUCUCAUUAUUGCGUGCCAGCUGUCCUUCACCGCUGUUUUCGCAUUUCUUCUGGUGAAACAGAAGUUCACUUCCUACUCUGUAAACGCCGUCGUUUUACUGACGAUCGGAGGGGCGGUUUUGGCAUUGCACACGAACGGUGACCGGCCGCCCGGAGAAUCGAAUAAAGAGUACAUCACCGGAUUCUUGAUGACGGUGGCGGCGGCGGUGCUCUACGGAUUGGUGUUGCCGCUGAUCGAAAUGGCGUACAAGAAGGCAAAACAGAGGAUUACAUACACACUGGUACUGGAGAUUCAAUUGGUGAUAUCCUUAUUCGCCACUGUACUCUGCACCAUUGGAAUGUUAAUCAACAACGAUUUUCAGGUAAUUCCAAGGGAGGGUCGUGUAUUUGGACUCGGGGAGGCCAAAUACUACGUCGUAUUAGUCGCCACCGCCGUAAUCUCGCAGGCUUUCUUCUUGGGAGCCGUCGGAGUUAUCUACUACUCUUCGUCUUUGUUUUCAGGUAUAGUAAUUGCAGCGUUGUUGCCGGCGACGGAAAUUCUUGCCGUCAUCUUUUUCCGGGAAAAGUUUCAGGCGGAGAAGGGAGUCUCUCUGGCUCUAAACCUAUGGGGUUUUGUGUCUUAUUUUUACGGCGAAUUUAAGCACAGCAAAAAGAAGGAGCUAAAAUUACCAAAAACUGAAGAAACUAUUCGAAUUUCUACUCUCUGAAUUUAUGAAAUCAAUCCUCCGCUGUUUCCGUAGGUAGGAGAUAGAAACGCAGAAUGAGGGAUGGAUUUUUUUUUUUUUUUUUGGAACAAUUAGGUAUUGAUGGGUCGAUACCUUACGUACACUUGCCAAUCAUGUUAGAUAUUGUUAUUAAGCUUUUGUGAAAUUUGAAUCACAAAUAUAUGAUAAUAGAUAUAUAAUUAAUUAAUUUUGUUUUGAUCAA